ACAAAUUAGAAAGAUGUCGAGGCUCUCUAAUGAAGUGUAUGAUCUAUGGUCGAGGCUAUAAUUUGGGCAAGUGGAGUUUGCAACUUGUAUUGUAUUUAACAAAAACAUAAACAAAGUUAAUGAGUAUUGAAAAUGAUCUGCAAAAAGUGCAAAAACCCAGGUACUAUCGUUCUAAGGAAAAAGGACAAUUAUUGCGAAGAAUGCUUCACAGCAAGUAUGAAUCACAAGUUUCGAGCAUGCAUUGGGAAAAACAAAAUCCUAUCGUCAAAUGAAAAAGUUUUAGUAUGUUUAUCUGGAGGAACCGGAUCUUCAGUUCUGCUGAACUUAAUAUUUGAUGGCAUUUCGGUGGACAGCCACAAAAAGUUGAGGAUCAAAGUGUGUUUUCUACAUGUGUUGAUGGAUGCAGCAGAUGACAACACAUUGAAUCAAGCUCAAAAAAUCAUGGAUCAAUGUAGGAAACGGAAUUUUAAUGUACACGUAACACACAUUAGUGAAUACAUGAAACCAAGUAGUGAACUACUUGAAUCUUAUUGUCUUCCUUCAAAAAAUUUAAAAUUGGAACAGGAAUUCUCUAACUUCAUCAAUAAAAUGCCUUCAACUAUAAGUAAUGAUCUGUAUCCAAAAAUAAAGCGGAGUUUAUUUAUCAGAUAUGCUAAAUUGUUAAAUUGUAAUCUUGUAUUCACUGCUGAAACGACUACAACUUUGGCCAGCAACUUGCUUUCGAAUCUUGCUUUGGGACGUGGGUCACAAGUCCAGAAUGAUGUUGGCUUGUGUGAUACCCGGGAUGAUACUGUAACAAUAGUUAGGCCAAUGCGAGAUAUCAGUAAGGAGGAAUUGGACCACUAUUUGAACAUAAAACAGCUGGAAGUACCACACUAUGAUAAAACUAAACAAAAUAGCCUGCAAUCAGUGAUUAAUACCUUUGUAAUUAAUUUACAAGAAAGCUUCCCAGCUACUAUUUCCACAGUAUGCAAGACUGCUGACAAAAUUAGUGCUAUUGAUGAAGUCCAAACAAAGGAAACAUGUAUUAUGUGUCAGAGUAAUGUGGGCACUGAGAAAACAACAUUAACAGCUUUUGAUGCUACGAAUUUUUCAAGAACAAUUUCAAAUUCGGAACUACUGGACGGCGGAAGUUCUAACCAUUUACACUUUACUGAGAAUAAUAUUAAUAAAUCAAUGUUUCCGUUUAUUUAUAAACAUUUAUGUUUUAGCUGCAGCAGGAAUUACUCUGAAAUGAAGCACACUUUACCAAAUCAUGUACAGAACUUGUUAAAAGAUAAGUGAAAUGAAUAAAAAGUACAUACUAAUUUUUUGCAUUCUUAUAUCAUUGUUAUUCGCACAUUAUCACUUUAUUGUAUGAAGUAUUAGUUACCUACAUAAGUCAACACAAUAGUUUCUAUUUACUAAUUUUCCAUAAUAGAAUAAGAGUUCAUUCAAUCAACUGAUCAUCAUAUAUGUACACUAAAAAAAUAAUUGUUAAAUA